UGUACUUUGUCCCCGAACAGCAUGUUUGAUGGCUAAGAGUGGAUAGAAUUUUCAUAUUCACGUUUAAUGGUAGUGUUUCAUGAAAUAUUUUUUGUGUUUACUGUGAACAGAUUUAAAAAGUGAAAUUUGGAGCGAUGGCGGAAUCUUCAGCAGCACAGAAACCAUGGAGGAGGGGGAGCCUGGAUGCACCACCAUUAUCUCUUUCAGAGGAGCUUAAGUGCUCGAUCUGUCUGGAUGUGUUCACUGAUCCAGUCAGCACUCCAUGUGGACACAACUUCUGUAAGAGCUGCCUGAACCAGUGCUGGAACAACAGUCAGACCUACAACUGUCCAUUCUGUAAAGAAGCGUUCAGUAAAAGACCAGAGCUGAAGAUCAACACUGCUCUCAGACAGGUCGUGCAGCUCUUUAAGGAAAAGCCUGGUGAGAGAAAACCAGUGGUUCUCUGUGACAUCUGUGACGAUAUAAAGCUGAAAGCCUUGAAGAUGUGUCUGGUGUGUCAGAGCUCUUACUGUCAAACUCACCUGGAGCCUCAUCACAGAAUCACACAUUUAAAGAAACACAAACUGAUCGAUCCUGUUGAGAAUCGUGAGGACUAUAUAUGUCAGAAACAUGAGAAACCUCUGGAGCUGUUCUGCAGAGAUGAUCAGAUGUGUGUGUGCUUGCUUUGCGCUGCAACAGACCACAUGAAUCAUAACACUGUAGCUGUAGAAGAGGAGAGCGGAGACAGGAAGCCUAAGCUGCUAAAUAUGCAGUCAGACGUGCAGCGGCUGAUCCAGGACAGGAUGAAGAGAAUACAAGACAUCAGGCACUCAGCAAAACUCAAAAAAGAAUCAUCAGAGAGAGAGAAAGCAGAGAGUAUGGAGCUCUUCACUGAUCUGCUGCGCUGCAUCGAGAGAUGUCAGUCUGAGCUGCUGGAGAUGAUGGAGCAGAAGCAGAAAGCAGCAGAGAAGCAGGCUGAGGAGCUGAUUAAAGAGCUGGAGCAGGAGAUCACUGAGCUGAAGAGGAGAGACACUGAGCUGGAGCAGCUCUCACACACUGAGGAUCACCUGCACCUCCUACAGAUUUACCCAUCGCUGAGCAGACCUCCACACACCAGCAGCUCCACUGACAUCAGUUUUAGGGACACUCAGAUGAGCGUGGAGCCUCUGAGGAAAGCAAUGAUUCAGCUACAGGAGACUUUAAAUGAGAAACUCAGUAAAAUCGUAGAACUGAAGAGGAUGCAGGAACAUGCAGUGAAUGUGACUCUUGAUCCUGAUACAGCUAAUCCAAAACUCAUCCUGUCUGAUGAUGGAAAACAAGUCACAUGUGGAGACAUUCAGCUUAAAAUCCCAGACAACCCCAAGCGGUUUGACACUUGUUGCUCUGUCCUGGCGAAAGAAGGUUUCAGCUCAGGAAGAUUUUAUUUUGAGGUUCAGGUAAAAGGAAAGACCAACUGGGAUUUAGGAGUGGUCAGAGAAUCCAUUAACAGGAAAGGUAUAAUCACAGUUGCUCCAGAAGAUGGAUACUGGAUUAUAGUUCUGAGAGAUGGGAAUCAAUACAGGGCUCGUGAGGCUCCUCCUGUCUCUCUGUCUCUGAGAGUGAAGCCUCAGGUUGUGGGUGUGUUUGUGGAUUACGAGGAGGGUCUGGUCUCCUUUUAUGAUGUGAAAUCUAGGUCCAAAAUAUAUUCUUUCACUGGUCAGUCUUUCACUGAGAAACUCUUCCCAUACUUUAGCCCUGGUCAUAAAAAAGAAGGUAGAAUUUCAGGGCCACUUAUUAUCUCAUAAGUCAGAUAUAAUAAAUCAUUUAUUGAUGAUAAAGGCAGUACUCAUACAUGGUAUACAAUGGCAAAACACAAAAACUCUGUCAGUGUCCGAAUAUUUCCAGACUAGACUGUAUGUAUGUGUAAUAUAUAUUGCAUUAUGAAUACUUGUGCAGUAAGAUGAGUUGUGUAAUAUAUUUUCUUUGAGGGAUCUGAAAUAUUUUUCUUUUUCUUUUUUUCCGCGCUGUUUGUGAAUCAAAAAUAAAAUCCAUACAUGUAGGGAUUUUUCAAAUUAAAAUUAAGAUUAAAAGAUUAUUGCAUCUAUACCAUGAAGUGAACCACAUAAUUAUUUUGAACCUUAUAAUAAUAAUGAAUGUUGAGUAAGCAUAUAGAUUCUGUUCAACAUUGCAUGUUUUUUAUGUGAAAAGAAAUAUCUUUGAUAUUUGUUGUGAAGAAGCCUCAAGAAAAGAACAGCAAUGGCAGAAUCUCUAUCAAAAUCACCAAAACCAACCAAAGGCAGGAUAGACGUUAAAGACCACCUUCAAAUUAGUAAGUAAAGAAAUUUAAGUGGUUUUUCCUUAAAAUUUAAGUAAACUUACAUUUAAGUGAUAUAUUGUGACGAGCAUCCUGAAGGAUCAUCAGCGUCGCCCUGGAAACACACAAGUAGCACAUGGCCACGCCUCCAAUUGGCUGAUCAGUUGCAGCUACCAGCCAUCAGCCCGCUACAUGUGACCAAUCAGCCCCACCUCCCCACGGCAUGGACCCACUGCAGCACAGAGAAGGAAAAGAAGAAGCACCAGAGCACCGACUCACCUCGUCUCCUGCACCAGUUCACGUAUUGUUUCACAUUUUGUCAAUAAAAUCCACUCUCCGGGGAUUUUCACUGAGCUCUGCUUGUCGUGUGAUUCUUCAUCCUGUUACACUGGUGGAGAAUGUGGGCAAGAGUGUGAAGAAUCACCGGCAAGUGAUCUCUCCCCACACCAAUUUUUUGUCUCUUUUUUGUUUUUUUGAAUUCCACAAAUCGGCGGCUUGCCUUUUUCCCCCUCGAAAUGGAGGAAGUGUUGCAGAGACUCACCAAGGUUAGCAUCCGCCAACAGCAAAUUGUGGAGCAUCUAGCCACCCGCCAGGGUGAGUCGGAACAAGAGCUUGUAGCCCUUAGAACAGCAGCCGCCCAACAGACUGGAGGCCGUGGAGUUGACGGAUGCUGCCCAACACCCGGAACCGGGGGAAAAAUGGCCGCCGUUUUCCCGGAGGGUGGUCCAGGAGCGAUGCGCGCUGGAGAGCACCCAGCGACCAAUGAGCAGGCUGGCGGUUCCCUCUGUGCCCAUACCCACGGAGGACCCAACACCACCGGCAAGAACAUGGUAGGCAGGCUGCAGUGUACAUUGUGAGCUCCCAGCAGGAGCCCGGAGGCGAACGUCAAGGUCAACGGGAAACCCUUCCGCACCCUCCUUUACUCCGUUAGUGUCGUAAGCCUGGUUCGUCCCAACGUCAUUGUUCCAUGGGGUGAGAGCAAAAUUUACAUGCCCAUAAGCUGUGUGCCUGAAGACACACGACAAGUGCCAGACCAAAGGGUGAAUAUAUCGGCGACGACUGGGACAUGGCCUGUGGAAGUAAAGGACCUGCCCGUCCCCGUUCUUCUUGGAAGGGAUCGGCAGCUCUUAGACAGGUUGUGCAGCUCUUUAAGGAAAAGUCUGAUCAGACUAUAUCUGAGGUUCUCUGUGACAUCUGUGAUGAUAUAAAGCUGAAAGCCUUGAAGAUGUGUCUGGUGUGUCAGAGCUCUUACUGUCAAACUCACCUGGAGCCUCAUCACAGAGUCACAUUUAAAGAAACACAAACUGAUUGAUCCUGUUGAGAAUCUUGAGAAAUACAUCUGUCAGAAACAUACCUUUGGAGCUGUUCUGCAGAGAUGAUCAGACAUGUGUGUGUUUGCUCUAUGCUUUAACAAACCCCAGGAAUUGAGAAGAGCGAAGAGAGAAAGGUAAA